AUGUCUCAAGCUGGAAUGUCUCAAGCUGAAAUGUGCGAGUUCGAAGGCAGGCUCUACAAUCUGAACGAAAAGAUCGGGUGCCUUCAGUGCACCGACAUCGGCGUCACUUACGGCGAUCAGGGCCGUCGUCGCGUCGCGGACAUCGUGCUGCCUCCGAGGGACACUUGCUGUGCUCAGGCUUCUAAUGGAUACUGCCUGGUGGCCGAAUGCUCUGCCUAUACUAUCGGUUUCUGCGAGGCGAAGGCUCGGUGUGCGGCGCGAGGUCUGCCGAUGGCGUCAAAAGAAUUGUACUACAACCCUGGCCGUAUCGUCGGCAACCUGGCUUCACUUGGCACCAAUCAAGUUUACUUCUGGGCGAACAUCCAUCGCGGGGCCGACAUGGUGUGGCGUUGGAUGCCGAGCAUGGAGGCAAUGGGGAACGUGAUCUCGACUUAUAAUGGGAAUACCGAUGGCGAUUGUGCCGAAAUGCUCAUCUCGGGAGGCAGCAUCUCCUUCUACCUCGUUUCGUGCCAGCAAAAUGACGAGGAAUGUGUGCUUUGUUACGAUCCGGCCACAAGUCUGCCUCCGUGUUAAGCAUUUAUUUGCACCCAGCCAUAUGGCCCACUACACAACACAGACACAAGAGAAGAAAGUUCACUUCUACAUACCUUCACACUUUUUCUCUCAUUUCAGCCUUGUUGGUAUACUAAUUACGCGACUCUUUAGUGGUACUGAUAUCAUGCAUCUUUUCCUGGUAUAGCUGACUCAUUUGCAAGAGCCCAGAGUUGUAUCCCUAUCAAGAAAAUUCGCGAAUAAUUUAGUUCAACUUCCAGUUCAACUCCUAGAAAUGGGUUCACCUACGGUCAGAAAUUCCUCCAGUCGAAUCCACACCAAAAAUCAAGUUGACGGAGGCAAGUAGCACACAAACACUGUUAGUUAAAAUAUGUACUUGUCGACCUGAAGUCCUGAUGAGGGAAAAUUGUUCAGUAUUAUCAUCCUCUGAACAUGAAACUUUUUAAAUUUUUAUUUAUUGUUAUUCAAAAAUUGAAACAUGAUUUGUCUAUUUCUUCAUGUUCAAGAAUUUGAGGUGCGCGCAAGAGGCCAGCAAUGACCAACAACCCGUCAUAUUCUUUUCUGUGGACGAGCAUGCUUGAGUGCGUUAAACUCUACGAAACUAAGCACAAAAAGCCAUAGUAAUUGUAGGUCCCCCGCCCUCUCAAGUCUGCUGUACUUUACUUUACAAAAUAUAAUAUUAUCAUCCUCCAAUUUAUGACGUUUAAGCCUAUAUGGCCUUCCUUACCUGCAGGCUUACCCCCGACUCUCCACCAAAACCCAACCAACCCAGACUCAACCCUCCGGUCAUAGGCUGCAUGAAACUGGAGAGGCGUGGCAGUG